CCUAUAUCCGACGCUGUGCGGAGCUGAGUCAAUCGUCAUUGUUGACAGGUUGUAUAAAGCUAUGUGGAAGUCACGUGACCAUCACAUGAGCGUAAACUAUUUAUAUAUAACUUCACAGUACUUGUGCAUGAACGUUAUCGAUGAACAUUCGUUUGGUCGCUGGUUUGACAGUGUUGUGAUAUAAUUUCCUGCUACAAGGCAUUCCCAGCAAGUGCAAAAUGUCAGUCACUGUAGACAUAUCCGAGCUGAAGAGCAAAGGCUACACCGUGGUGAAAGACGUAAUGUCACCAGAGGACUGUGACAAGUAUAUCAACAUCUACAGCAACUGGCUUGCACAGUUCAAUGAUUCGUGGCCAAUCUCAAGCAACUCUCUGAUCCAACGAUACGGGAUUGGUCACAUGGAGCCAUCCUGGGGAACCCGCCAAAAGUCCAAGAAGGUCUUCGAGCAAAUAUGGGGCACUGACCAACUACUGACAAGCUUUGACGCAGUUGCAAUUGGGCGGCCACCUGAAGAUGGCGAGGAGACAUUUGCCGUCCCGGGGAAGCAUUGGCUCCAUUGUGACCAGGGCGUUGAGCGAGUUGGACUCCACGCCUACCAAGGAGCCGUGUAUUUAGAGGCUGCUGAUGAGGAUGACUGGACGUUUGAGGUUCUGGAAGGUUCGCAUUUGUUGCACAAAGAAUUCUUUGAAACUUUUCCACGGGCAAAGAUUAGAAGCAUCACCAACAAGUUCUACGGCCUAACAGAUGGAGACGUGGAGUGGUACAGUUCCCAUGAUGGAGUUACGCGACGAAGGGUCCCCGCCCCUAAAGGAGGGAUGAUCAUAUGGGAUUCAAGACUCAUCCAUGCCAAUGUUCGACCGAUGGAAAACAGGCGCCACCCUGGGAGAUGGAGAUACGCUGUGUUUGUUUCCAUGGGCCCGGCCAUAUGGGCCAGUAAGGAAUAUCUCAGACAGAAGAAGCAGGCGUACCAAGGUCUGAGGAUGACGUCCCAUUGGCCCUGUAAUGGUCUUGCAUUGUUCUCGGAUAUGGAGGUAGGUGGAAUCAUGGCCACAGAGAAACUACCAGACAUAGCCUGCACAGAUGAUGCUAAACGUUUGGCAGGGGUUCUGCCCUAUCUUGGUCAGAAGAAGGGGCCGCCAUGGAGGCCUGAAUGGGCAGAGGGCAGCAGGGAGGGACGUGAGAUGACAAGAGGGUCUACCCCGCUGUGGGUGGUAUUAGGAGUUGCAGCGAUAUCCAUUGUCACUGCUCUUUUUGUAAAGAAAAGUUUCAUGGGAUAAACUGUCUGACGCUGUUCACUUCAAUGAAAUCUGAAACAGUAUUAUUAUUAAGGUUGCAUCAGCAUUGUUUCAGCCACAUGACCAUGUAACCAUCACUUGCACAUACAAUUCCACUUCCUUAAAUGAAGGUUCAUCAACUGGAUAUAUUUUUUAAGAUAUUCAAGACCACAUACCAUCAUGAUCUUUGCCAAUUGAAACAAACUAAAAAAAAGCGUUUGGCAAAGUACUGCCUAUUUUCCCCCGUACUGCGAGUUCAACAUUAGAAGGCAUGAUGUUAUUGGGGAGAGAAAUCAGGACUGGCUCCUUCAGCCAAUGAUUUUAGAUAAGACUGAGAAGCUUCGUCCUGAAUUGCAAUUCCUGACAAUACUAGACCAAACAGAUUCAGUUGGGUGUUUAUUCAGAACAUCUUAUCUCAUAUCAUUUGCAUAAGCCAUAAUCUCAUUGUAUGAAAAGAGAACCUAAGACAUUAAACGAUGUUGUGUGGUGAAGUCAUACCCUGCUUAUGAUGCAUCCUGGAUUACACUUUAUGAGCCACGAUUGUCACCAAACUCUUUCAACACAGCUGUAGAUCAUCACAUACUUAUUGUUUGCGACAUUGUUUUGGGGAAUAUCUUAAUGGGACUAUGCUCCACGAACUGGUGUCUAGGCUACAUCUGUUGUCAUUCUGAAACUGGGAAACUGGGGCAUUAUCUCCUGUGUUGCAAGAUAUCAAUAACUGUUUUGAAUUAGCUAGAAUUUGCUGAGUCUACUUAUUGGUUGGAGACUAGCCCCCUAUAGAUAUUACAUAUAUAUAUAUUAUUUAUUCACACACACUAUAUAUAUAUAUACAUGUAUUUAUAUUAGUAGAUUGUGAGUAUGCAUGAUUAAAGUUUAUUUUCUCAGACUUACAAGAUUUUGUUUUCAUUUUAAACAAUCACUAAAUUGGAUUGGGUAGUCACUUGGUUACAUAUCAAACACUGGUUUAUUUGGUUGGACUCAAUUAUUUACCAUCUUGAUAUAGCUGGUGCCGUGCUGACCAUGGUCAAACAAAGCACACACACACAAAUUAAUAAUAUAUAUUUAUUCCAGGAGAUUGUGAAUAUUCAUGUUAACAUGAUUAAAGCUGAUUUUCUCAGACUCGUGAGAUUUUGUUUUGUUAUUUGCAACAUAAUUUGAUUGGGUCGUGAGACAUGGAUCAGGCA